AUGGGUUUGAUUUUGCCACAUAUGUGUGAAGCACGAGAUCAUAUUGGCGUACUGACUGAUGUGUUCAAGCCUAGUGAUAAUAAUCUUUUAACGACUACAGAUUAUGAUGAUAUCAAAAUUGCGACAGGUGGUCUAGUACAUGGAAUGAAAAAGAUGAUCGAUUUGUCACGUGCUAGCAGUAAGGAAGGUAGUCAAUUGAAUGAACGAAUUGCUCGACUAAAAACAGAUGUACGAACACGCCGUAGUACUGUUAAAGGGCGAAUUCAUAUAUCAAAAGCACUCAACUUUCUUGGUCCACUCGCAGGAGCUGGUAUUGUUGCACGUGCUGUUAUGACGAUGGUGGCUGCAAAAGAAUUUGGUGGAGUUGGUAUGCUCGUUGUGGCUGGAUGCACUUUCACUCCUAUAACUGCUAUCAUAUGUGGUGCAUUGUUAGGUGGUUCAAUUAUUCUAGCUAUUACAGGUCUCAUUUACCAUUGUUGGACACGACAUCAGCACAAAGCUUUGAUUUUCUUAAAUAAAAUUUGUACAGGAUUGAUGGAACUUUCCAAUGCAAACAUAUUCUUCCUCGACUGUUUGAGUAAGAGUGAAGAAGCAGCGAAUACAAUUAGUGUGCAACUCGAACAAAUUCAACGAUCAAUUACAAGUGAACGAUAUCGAAAAUGUAAUGCUGAACUUUGCAAGAAAGCUCUCGAAUCGAUCGAUCAAGCAAUUAAAGCAAUUGAAGAUAUUAAAAAUAUAGAUGUAUCACGAUGGUUUGUUCUUCAAAGUCUACCACAAUUUGAUGAUUUAAAACUUGCUUUGACUGCAUCAGAAAAUCCGUGA